AUUAACUUCAUAUCCUCAGUUUGUUUGACAGGCUCUCCUCAAACUCAAGACAGAGUUUGGUGCUUUUAUGUGAUGUGUCCUUUUUUUGACCACUGAUAGAAAGUCUUUCUGUUGUGUUUGUCUUUCCAGACCACCUGCAGGAUUAUGUUGUAAAAGAAGAGGAUGAUUCUGACCAGCAGCUCUGUGGACAGGAGAAGAAUUCCAGUUUAGACCAAGAGGAACCAGAACCUCUGCAGAUAAAAGAAGAGCAGCAAGAACCACAACAUCCCUGGACAAAAGAGGAAAUCAUUGAGCUCCCCAUUAGUGAGCAUGAAGAGCAGCUUGUUCUGAAGCAGGAGCCUGGAAAUACAGAUCAUUUCACUGACCACAUGAGAAAUCACACAGACCGCCUACAGGAUUAUCUUGGAAACAAGGGGGAUUUCUCAGACCAGCAGCUCUGCGGACAGGAGAAGAAUUUCUGUUGGGGCCAAAAGGAGAAACCUCUGCAGAUAAAAGAAGAGCAGCAAAAGCCAGAACAUCCCUGGACAAAAGAGGAAGCAAUGGAGCUCCCCAUAAGUCAGCAGGAAGAGCCAGCCAGUCAGCAGCCUUUCCUGGAGCAGAAGGGAGGUGAUAUGGGAGAGAAACCUUUCCCAUGUUUAAAAUGUGGAGAAAACUUUCUAAAAAAAGAACAUUUAUUGGUUCACAUGAGAACUCACAGAGGUCAGAAGAUUUAUGAAUGUCUGUCAUGUGGAAAAAAUUUCACAAAGAAAUCUAGACUUGAUACACACAUCAGAAUUCACACUGGUGAGAAGCCUUUUUCCUGCACGAUUUGUAACAAAAAUUUUACUGAAAAGAGUAGCUUGAAUAAACACAUGAGAAUUCACUCUGGUGAGAAGCCUUUUGAAUGUCUGUCCUGUGGAAAAAGCUUCACCUUUAAGUCUGAUCUUAAUAAUCACAUCAGCAUUCACACAGGUGAGAAGCCUUUUUCCUGUACCACUUGUAACAAGAAUUUUACUCAAAAAAGUACUUUGAUUUCUCACAUGAGAACUCACACCGGUGAGAAGCCUUUUGAAUGUCUGUUCUGUGGAAAAAGCUUCACCUUCAAGUCUGAUCUUAAUAAUCACAUCAGAAUUCACACAGGUGAGAAACCUUUUUCCUGCACGAUUUGUAACAAGAAUUUUACUGAAAAGAGCAGUUUGACUAAACACAUGAGAAUUCACACAGGUGAGAAGACUUUUGAAUGUAUGUUCUGUGGAAAAAGCUUCACGCAGAAAUCUAAUCUUGAUACACACAUCAUAAUUCACACAGGUGAGAAACCUUUUUCCUGUACAAUUUGUCACAAUAAUUUCACUGGAAAAAGUACUUUGACUAAACACAUGAGAAUUCAUUCUGGUGAGAAGCCUUUUGAAUGUCUGUCCUGUGGGAAAAGCUUCACCUUCAAGUCUGAUCUCAAUAAUCACAUUAGAAUUCACACAGGUGAAAAGCCAUUUUCCUGCACGAUUUGUAACAAGAAUUUUACUGAAAAGAGUAGUUUGACUACUCACAUGAGAAUUCACACAGGUGAAAAACCUUUUGAAUGUCUGUCUUGUGGAAAAAGCUUCACUCAGAAAUCUAAUCUUGAUUCGCACAUAAUAAUUCACACAGGUGAGAAGCCUUUUUCCUGUACCAUUUGUAACAAGAACUUUACUAAAAAAAGUAGUUUGACUGCUCACAGGAGAAUUCACACAGGUGAAAAGCCUUUUUCCUGCACAAUUUGUAACAAGAAUUUUACUGAAAAGAGUAGUUUGACUAAACACAUGAGAGUUCACAUAGGUGAGAAGAUGUCUCCUGAAUGAUUUUUAACAACUGUUGUAAACAAGAAGGUAAUUUGAGUAUACAGAUGACAUUUAUUCAUGCAUUAUGUUGAAUAAUUUAUAUAUAUUAUUAAAACAUUUGUUUCACACAAGUCGCAGGAAUGAGGAGUAGAGGCACUUUCAAUGUCUGAGUGGUGAUAAAAUGUCCAUCUAGAAACUCCUUCACCUCAUUAGAUGAGAACCUCACGGGUUAAUGUUUGGUGUUUUUUUUCGAGCAAAGUUUUGAGAAGGCCAUUGAUUAACAGCUCUGUUUACAUAGAAUCUACAACAGAUAAGGUGUUCUAUUGUAAACCUGGUAAAUAUUCAGGUCCUGGGUGAAUAUGUGGAUGUGAAUAUUUGAAAGUUCAUUAUUUUUUUUGCCUGAGUAAAUUAGAUUUUAAAUGGCCAAGAAAAUAGUUUUGCCCUAAAAAAAAAAAAGAUGUUUACAUUCACAAUUUCUUACUUUUUCUGUAAUGAACAGAAUAAACAUAAAGUGAAACUACAGCAUAUUGGUUACAUUUUGCAUACACGAGUGUAUACAAAAUGAAAUUUUGUUUAAAACGGCUCUAGUCAAUUUAAUUUUUUUUAAAGUGCAGCCUUGAAAAACAGUAAUAAAAACAUUAAAAAAGAAAAAAAUAGUAAUAUAAAAAAAUGACAUUUCUUUUUUUAAUUAAACUAGUUUGCUGUCAAUACAGCAAGUAAUUAAAAUCCCUACAGGCCCCUACUGUGCCAUUUUGGCAUGGUGUGGCAUAACCUUUUCUGAAUGAAUUUAUUCAGAGAAAAACAAAAAAUAAGAUAUAUAUAUAAUAUUUAUUUAUUUACUUAUUGGGACUUAGAGUAUUUUUGCUGAAUGAUAAGCUCUUGGUUGGAUAUAUUCCAGAAACAGUUUUAUUCAGUGGCUGGAGUCUGUAGUUCAGGUAAAUUGAAGUCCUAAAAUGAUGAAACAUGUCUGUUUAAAAAGAUAAACAGGAUUGUUGAUGUUAUUUUUACUGAUCAGGUUAAAUCUGCUUUAACUUGGCAAAAAGCCUUUGUCUUAAUAAUGUAUUAAAGAAAUCUGACUCUCCUCUAGAAGUGUGAAGUUUCUGCUUUUUAAAGAUUUUUUUUUUAAGUAUAAUUUUCUAUUGAACUAACUGUAAUAGUUUUGUUCUUGAUUCUGUAGAUGUUCUAUUUACCUGCUAUGACUGAAAAAAGUAUUAUAUUCUGCUGUGGAUGUUUUUAAUUAUUGUAAUCACUUCUAAAUUGAUGAACGAGCAGAAAU